UUCUGAGUUUCUCCCAUCGACCUAACAAUAUUAACACUUGAUUUAAUUUAACAAUAUUUCAGCGCCAACUUCUUUCUGGGUUCUCAUGGCUUCCUCUUUCUGUUCACCCAAAAAUGCCCUCUUUCUUUCAAGCUCCACCAAAUCCACCCUGCGUGAUUGCCCCGUGCGCUUUCCUGCCUGCAAUGCUUUUCAUUCACGGCGGCGUUUAGAGUCUGCCACCCGACUGAAAGUCAGUGCCAGCUCCCCAGCUCCGGCGGUGGAUCAGUCGCCUAGUAGAGCUGCGUCCCGGGCACCCACGGUCGUUGAGGUUGAUUUGGGUAACCGGAGCUACCCGAUUUACAUCGGGUCUGGACUCCUUGAUCAACCUGAGCUCCUUCAAAGGCAUAUUCAUGGAAAGAGAGUUCUUGUUGUGACAAACACAACCAUUGCUCCAUUGUAUUUGGAUAAAACUAUUAGUGCUUUAACAGAUGGGAAUCCUAAUGUUAGUGUUGAAAGUGUGAUUUUGCCAGAUGGAGAGCAGUUUAAGAACAUGGAAAAUCUCAUGAAAAUCUUUGAUAAAUCGAUUGAAUCACGAUUGGAUAGGCGAUGUACUUUUGUUGCCCUUGGUGGUGGAGUAAUUGGUGAUAUGUGUGGGUAUGCUGCUGCUUCAUACCUUCGAGGAGUCAAUUUCAUUCAGAUUCCUACAACUGUUAUGGCACAGGUAGAUUCUUCAGUUGGUGGAAAAACUGGCAUUAACCACCCACUUGGUAAAAAUAUGAUCGGUGCAUUCUACCAACCCCAAUGUGUGCUUGUAGACACGGAUACUUUGAAAACUCUACCAGACAGAGAAUUAGCUUCUGGUCUUGCUGAGGUUAUAAAAUAUGGACUUAUUAGAGAUGCUGAAUUUUUUGAGUGGCAAGAGAAGAAUAUGCCAUCUUUGCUAGCAAGGGACCCAAGUGCAUUUGCUUACGCUAUCAAACGUUCCUGUGAAAACAAGGCUGAGGUGGUGUCCUUGGAUGAAAAGGAAAGUGGAUUAAGGGCAACACUGAACUUGGGUCACACCUUUGGCCAUGCAAUAGAAACUGGUUUUGGCUAUGGUCAAUGGCUACAUGGAGAAGCUGUCGCAGCUGGAACGGUUAUGGCUGUUGAUAUGUCACAUCGCUUAGGAUGGAUUGACGACUUAUUAGCACAGCGUGUUGGUAAUAUCCUUAAAGAGGCAAAGUUGCCCAAUGCACCACCAAAAACCAUGACUGUCGAGAUGUUCAAGUCUAUCAUGGCAGUCGAUAAGAAAGUGGCUGAUGGGAGGCUUAGACUCAUCCUUUUGAAAGGUCCACUCGGCAACUGUGUAUUCACUGGCGACUAUGACAAAAAGGCCCUCGAUGAAACUCUUCACGCAUUCUGCAAAUCCUAAUCUAUCCGCAAAUCAGAUACUAUGAAGGUUGGAUGAUUUGCCUUCUGUCUCAACUCCUUUCUGAAUGAGGGACAACCUCAACAGGCUGCACUGAUGUAGAGUGACUCUCCAGAAUGCAUCUCAAAUCUCUUCAAAUAUUUGUGUUCUGAUUCUUGCAUAUGUUUUGGAUGUAAUCUUCAUUAGUGGUGCUCAUCAAAUUCUGUAUUGUUCUAGUCAACCUUGUAAUUGGAUUAGGUAUACACA